AGAGGAGCAGGAGGAAGGCGGCCGCCGCCCCGGUGCCCGUGCGGCGGGAGACGCGCAGAUUUGAAGAAUAGAAGCAUGCUCUCCACUGAGACUCACACUAACAUUUGUGAUACAGAAUGUCUCUAAGUGAGAAGAAUAGCGUGGUUUUUGCAUACGAGUCUUCAGUACAUGGUACCAAUGUACUCCACAAUCUCAAUGAUCAGAGAAAGCAAGAUAUUCUUUGUGAUGUUACUGUUUUAGUGGAAGAUCAGCGAUUUCGGGCUCACAAAGCUGUGCUUGCAGCUUGUAGCAAUUACUUCCUUUCAAGAAUUGUGGGCCAGUUGGAUUCUGAUCUUAUCAUCACUUUACCAGAAGAGGUAACACUUAAAGGAUUUAGUCCUUUGCUUCAGUUUGCAUACACAGCUAAACUUAUUUUAAAUAAAGACAAUGUGUCUGAAGUUUGCAAGUGUGCUGAAUUUCUGGGAAUACGUGACAUUGAAGAAUCUUGCUUUCAGUUUCUCAAAUUCAAAUUCUUGGAUUGUAAAACAGAUCACCAGGAAUGUCCCAGGAAGAAAUGUUGUACACAGCGUUAUCAGAAAAGAAGCCCUGAAAUUGGCAAUGUGGAUGAUGCAGAUAUAGAAAUAGAGGAUGAAACAGAGGAGCUCCUAGAAAAAGAAUGUAUUCAAACUCCUCAGACAAAGCUCUUUAAAGAUGAAGAAAAUGCUAAAAUGUCUCCUGCUUUCCAAGAUAAUACUAAUCAAACAUGUGAUCCUGCACAUUUAGAAAGGGGGAAUGUUUCAAGCUCAUCUUCCCUGUGCCCCAAGUAUAGGAAGUUCCAAAAGGCUUUCGGAAAUGACAAAGUUCAUAUUUCAGAACCCAGUCCCAGUGUUAAAGAUAUUCAAGUGCCACCAAUUGCAGCUUUUCUUGAGAAGGAGUUACCUGAUAAUGAUAGCACACAAAAAGCUCAGGAGUGUGCACCUAUGCAGCUGGUCUCAAAAUGUGAAGAGGCUCAGGUAAAAAUGGAAGAAGGGGAGGAAGAGAAUAAGAAAAAAGAAGAAACAAAGAGAGAUUCCCUGACUCAGAGCAUUUUGUGUCCUGUGGAGAAAGUGGAAGUUGCUGCUUUUGCCCCAAACUCUGCUGCACCUCAUGGACCCAAUUCUGUGUCGUCUUUACUUACAUGUGAGCAAUAUGGUGACUUGAACUUCACUGAUGUGCAAAGCAACACAGCCAUAGCAGAGAAAAGCGUCGCAGGUCCUGGAGUGAGGAGCGACAAGAUUGAAAGUCAAGAUGCUGCCCCUUUGAAGAUGGAUUCGUGCCCUAGGGAAGCCAUUAACGUUGCAUCAGCUGGUGAUCGAAGCAGUGUGGAGAGAGAAGUGGCAGAACACCUAGCAAAAGGCUUCUGGAGUGACAUUUACAGUACAGAAACUUGCCAAGUACAUUUACCACCUGCGGUAGCAAAAGAGUGCUUGGAACCGGUAUAUUCAGGGAAGAAGUCGGAGUGUCCGUGGCUGGGUAUCAGGAUCAGCGAGAGCCCUGAGCCUUGCCCCCCGAGAACUUUUACAACACUGAGUUCUGUCAACUGCCCCUUUAUAAGCAACCUGAGUGCCGAAGGAUGCUCCACCAACUCUGAAAUAAGCAGCGGAGAUUAUGUGCAGGGACAGCAGCAGGAUCAGUGUCCCUACAACUACGUGAUAAGUUUGGGAGAGGAUUCGGAGACUGACACUGAGGGAGACAGCGAAUCCUGUUCAGCAAGAGAACAGGACUGUGAGGUAAAACUGCCGUUUAACACCCAAAGGAUCAUUUCACUUUCCAGAAAUGAUUUCCAGUCAUUUCUGAAAAUGCAUAAAUUAACUCCUGAACAAUUGGACUGUAUCCAUGAUAUCCGAAGACGAAGUAAAAAUAGAAUUGCAGCACAGCGGUGUCGUAAGAGAAAACUUGACUGCAUACAAAAUCUGGAAUCUGAAAUUGAAAAGUUGCAAAAUGAGAAGGAGAACUUGCUGAAGGAGAGAAACCACAUUUUGUCAACUCUGGGUGAGACAAAGCAGAAUCUGACUGGACUUUGCCAGCAAGUGUGUAAGGAAGCAGCCUUGAGUCAUGAGCAAAUACAGAUACUUGCAAAAUAUUCUUGCUCAGAUUGUCCACUCUCCUUCUUAUUCCCCGAGAGAGAACGAACAGCUCCAUCUGAUAGUGAACUUGUGAUACCACCGUGUAUGGAAUUGGAAGGUCUUUCAGGUGUUACAUCUACCACCGAGCAGAAUUCUUGUUACCAGUGUGUGAAAGGUGUGUGUGAUCCAACUUAUAGUCAAGUACAAGAACUGCAUCCAGUUUCUGUAACAACGCUGGAGAAGACCUCACUUGUGGAACAGUGUGGGCAGAGCAGUGGUAUCACAGACUUCUGCCAGCAAAUGACUGACAAAUGCACUACAGAUGAGUAAAACUGUUGUCUUUCUAUUGCUAGGCUCUGAGCAUUGCAACUUAGAGUGAGGAUUGCAAAGUAACUUGCUAAGUGAUAGAAAAGAUGAAACAUUAUCUUUUGAAACAACAUUAACAAGUACAUGGUCAUUAUGUYACUUGGAAAGCUUUUGAGUUUGCUCUCUGUAGUUCUAGAAGAUAAUUUGUAUGUAUCAGUUCAGGAGCAUUUCUGUCUGGRAAUGCCAAGGAGAGUUCAGGUAAGUCAAUUGAAAGUAUAAAUUGCAUCACACAGGUGUUUUUGUGAGGAAGCUUUCAUUCAGGUGCAAAGUAGACCUCACUGUUUUUUUUUUUUGUCACAAUACCUAAACGCCACUCUACAUCUCUUAAAAAAUUCAAUAGAUGAUUAUGCACACUAGCUUCUACAUGUGGAAUCCUUACCUCUUCAGCCUCUCCUCCCCACAGCAGGCAAACCCAAAGAAUCGUAUACAGCUCUGAAAAUGUUUUUGCUGUCAGUGGGACAUUAUGAGAAGACUCUGGCAAAUGAGCUCUGGAACACUUUGUUACUUUGCUGCUGUUCCCACGCCUGUAACAACACCCAUGUUACAGAACAUGUACAGUUUGCCUUAGCUGCCCAGUUAAGCUGUCUGGAAUGACUGAAGUACAGAAGCUUCUCAUUCAUAAUUUUGAAGGAGGAGUAACAAGAACAGACUGAGAGAGGUAAAAGUUUGAAACUCAGGCAACUUUUCUCUUAGUUUGCAUAGGAUCAUCUGGCAUCUAAAUUCCGUGUGCUUGUUAAAAUGCUGUUCAUUGCUGUAAAGUCACUUACAAUCAUAGCACCUUCUUGCUCACUAUUGUUUGUGAUGAGCU